GCGGCGCCCGGGGCAUGGCUUCGGCGGGCAGCGGCAUGGAGGAGGUGCGCGUGUCGGUGCUGACCCCGCUGAAGCUGGUCGGGUUGGUGUGCAUCUUCCUGGCGCUGUGCCUGGACCUGGGGGCCGUGCUGAGCCCGGCGUGGGUCACGGCCGACCACCAGUACUACCUGUCCCUGUGGGAGUCCUGCCGCAAGCCCGCCAGCCUGGACAUCUGGCACUGCGAGUCCACGCUCAGCAGCGUUUGCCAGCCACAUGGAAGUUAAACAUGUAAACACAUGGAACAAUACAACAAAGUAAGGAAAGUAUAAGAUCGGAUGACCAGUAUGGAUUAAGCACAUAAAUGAUGAAAAGUCCUAAAAAAGAGGAGUCAUCAGAGCAGGGGCUCCAUUAAGGGAAUCGUCAUCCGGGGACCUGCAGCAGACCACAAGGAGACAUGGGGAGGAUUUUCCUCACAGGAGAAAAAGCUAAUUCAGUAUUGAAACGCUACCCAAGAGCCAAUGGGCUUUUUGAAGAAAUACGACAGGGCAACAUUGAGCGCGAAUGCAAAGAAGAAGUCUGCACAUUUGAAGAAGCGAGGGAGGCUUUUGAAAAUAAUGAAAAAACUAAGGAGUUUUGGAACACCUACACUAAAGCGCAACAAGGAGAGAGUAACAGAGGAAGUGACUGGUUUCAGUUUUACCUUACCUUCCCACUCAUCUUUGGCCUCUUCAUUAUCCUCCUUGUCAUUUUCCUAAUCUGGAGAUGCUUCCUGAGAAACAAGACUCGCAGACAAACGGUGACUGAAGGCCAUAUUCCUUUCCCUCAGCACCUUAAUAUCAUCACUCAGCCGCCCCCACCAGAUGAUGUAUUUGACAGCAGUGGAUUGUCGCCAGGCUUUCUGGAAUAUGUAGUCGGACGCUCAGAUUCUGUCUCCACUCGCCUGUCUAACUGUGAUCCCCCACCCACCUAUGAGGAAGCCACUGGACAGGUGAGCCUGCACAGGAACGAAACAGAGCCUCACUUAGACCCCCCGCCAGAGUAUGAGGACAUCAUCAACUCCAGCUCAGCCAGUGCCAUUGCUAUGGUGCCUGUGGUCACCACCAUCAAAUGAAGCUACAUUUUUUUUUACUAUAAUCAUUUUUAAAUACUAAUGAAAGAACUUUCUAGCACUUUACCACUACAUAAAUGUGCAUUGACUCAUUUUAUUACUCUUACAGCAUACCACUUCACAUUUUCUGAUUUGAUUUUCAUUAGUUUUGUUUCCUAUUAUAAAAACAUUCACGCUCAUUUUUGCUAAUGGAAAUAUGUGUAGAAAAACAUACUAGUGGAGGUCUUCAUGUGCCACGAGGAGCUAUACAUGUGUGUAUAUAUGUAUAUGCAUAUAUGUGCAAGUGUCUUACAAAAUAUUAACUUCUGUCUGAAUCAUGUGUAAAGAGAACAUUACUCACCAAAAUUGGGGAGAAGGGCACCAACAAUUUGUAGACUAGACAGCCAGCAACAUGCUGUUGGAUUUUGAAAAUAAGAUGAACUUGGGAUGUUUUCUAACUCUUACUGGCUUUUAUUAACCUUUUUCCUUCACCUACCUUCGAAGGGAAAAAAAAUGUAUGUAGUCGAUCUCCAUUUUAGAAACAUCUCCGAGAGGAAAGGCACCUUAGCUUAGUGUGUGUGCCAAGACAACUGUUGGUCAUUAGCGGCACCUGAGCUAGUUUUGGAGGGAUCAUGUUGACUGCCUCCCAAUCCUCCCCCCCCAAAAAAAAUUAAAAUGUUUUGUGUGUUUGACGGUCUCAUGCUCUUUGUAUUAACAACUUAGUGGAGACGAAUUUCUGGUAACAGUGUCUCCUGAAGCAGAUCUGUGUGUCAAUGGCAGGAAAUAGAUGUGAGCAUGCCUUUGCUCACUGGGGACAAUGACUUCUACAGUUUCAUCGCCUGUUACUCUUGUCUACUCCCUCGCCUACCACCACAAAAUCUUCAAGUACCUAAGAGUUUAGUUAAAGUUCUAAAAAUUACUUUCUUAAUGUUUUCAUAUAACCUGACGUCUUUGCCUCAAGAUGAUUAAGAGGCAAUUUUCCAUUCCAUGAAGAACUGUGAUUUUUAUAUUGCUCCCUAGUUGGUGGAAGAAAACUGCAGUCUGUGUUGUGCCAGGGGCACAGUAAAUCUGGUUUUAACUUCACAAAGCCCGCAUUUUUGUUGCUCUUUCAUUUUGUGUUUUCAUCGGAUUUUCUUUUAACUACAGGAUUUUUACUUUUCCCUUGGAGCAGAGGGAACAGACUGUGAAUGAACUGCCAACAUAAACUGGCUCAGAAAGAAAAAAAGGGACUUAUGUAGUAUGAAGUCCCCUUAUAUAGGCACGAGUGGCAAAUUCAUUACGUCUGUUCAGGGCAACGUCUGCACCACGCCCAAGUCUCCUGUGUGUUGGAUAAAAUGUUUGCUGAGGUAGAAGUGAUGCUGACUGUAGGUGUUAACACCCUCUGCCUAGUCUCUGCUGACCCUCCCUUCAAUCCCACCCUCAGGGAAGGGAAGGCUGGCAGGGAGAACAGUAAACUAGAAAUCAGGUGGAUUCUAGAUCUCUUUCUAUGACUUCUAUGACGCAUUUCCAUUGUACUUUGGGAAGGACCAUAGGCCACCCUCAAAUUUCUCAACUCAAAAGUAGAUCUUUGACCUGCCCUUUUCCAUAGGCCCCCACUCCUCCCCCUGCCUCUGGGCUUAAAAAGGAUCUCAGGAGAUGGAAUGUGUGAAACUAAGUUGUGAGCUGUGAAGGGCUAUCUAGGGGUCCAGACAUAGCAAUGCUCUGACUGUGGUGAAGGGACAGCUUUCUGAGUCUGUUUCCCUAAAAUGUAUCAGUUUUCACAUAGUAAGAAAAGGAGCAGACUCCAAGUGUGUGGGUGUUAGUUAAGCUCCUGACAUUCCCUGGUCUGUAUCACUGCUGUACCCACUUAAAGGCCACAGCCAGCUCAGCACAAACAGGAUUAAGCAAAUAUCAAAAAGGAACUGAGACGUGUGUUAACAGAUUUUGUAGCUUUCGCAGACUAAAAAUGAAAAAAUCUUGAGCCUGAUCUGAUCUCAGCAGAAAAGAGUGUUGUUUUGAAUUUGACCAUAAGUAUUUGGUGAUCUCUGGCUUUUAAAGUUGAAAGUGGGGGCGGGGCCUCCUUGGUGGCACAAGGAUUAAGACGCAACCUCUGAAGCUAUCUUCAGCCUCUGCAGCAUGAGUUUGAUUCCUGGCCAGCCAGGGAGCUACCCACAUGGCAUGGCAGACCUCUCCGACUUGCCCGCUGCUCCCCUCAGCAGUGUACUUCGGUCAAUCUGCCCGUUCUGUUCCCCACUCUGUCUCUGGUGAAUCCUCUUACCCCUCCCCCCACACCUCUGGCCUGUACCCCAGCUCUUGUAUGCCUAAAUAAAUCUUUAAAAAAAGAAAAUUCUAAGUGGGAGUAUUUGAUCCAGUGGUGGAUAUGUGUGUGUGUUGGUUUUGAGGGUUUAAGUGAAAAAUAAGACUCCUUUUGUGUAGCCUUAUGUGGUCACUAAUAUCAGGCCUUAGACUAGACCAGCAGUUUUCAGAGUGGUCCCUGGGCCCCCUGGAGUCCUUGAGAAACUUUCAGGGGAUCUGUGAGAUAAAUCAUGUUUGUGUUAUUAAGAAAAUAGCCUUUUUUCUUUUUCACGCUCUCAAAAAUAGUUAAAAAUAUAAAUGCCUGCUUCUCACAAAUCUUUUUUUAGAAAAUAUGGAUAUUUUCUUUAUAAUGUUAUUUGUGUUAGCAUGUAAUGGACAUUUAAAUUUUUAAAUAUUUUAAACUUUUUCUGUUUUAUUAUUUAAUAUGGCAAAUACUGAUAGACAGAAUCUAUGCAUGAACAAAAAGCCCACUGGCAUCCAUAUCCCAAAUACAUUCUCAGAGUGUAAAGGGUUCUGGAGGUGCAAAGGAUAGAGAAAAGGGCAGGAGCUUAUGUUACUAGGUAUCUACAACUUGGUUUUACAUUUUAAGCACCUCAUACUGGAGUUAGUACUGCCGCUUACAAACCAAUUACUGUGUCAAAAUGAGUGUCAAACCUUGAGGCAAAAGCCAAAUGCUUAAACUGAUCAGUGACUAUGGUUUUUUUUUUUUUUUUUUUGGCUGUUGGUCAAAGAAGAUAACCCUACACUUCUUAAGGAUAAGUGGUAUCAGUCAGAGGCACCCCCACAAUGACAAGAUAAAUUCCAUUCCCUUCAAGAAACAGUCUCUUAGUUUGGUUGGCUUGAUUUGGUUUGGAUUUUACAUUUUUAAAAAGCCCAUUUGCUAUCCCAUCUGACUUUAUAAGCUGAGUUUCUUAACAUGUGUUAUAAUUACAGGGGUGUGUCUGGAAUAAUAUCAAUAUAUAUUUUUAUGUGUUUGCCUUAUCUGAUUGAUAUUCACCUUUGAUCAUUUCUAAUAAAGGCUUAUUUUUGCAGCAUAUAUGCAGUAUCUUUCUUAAGCAAUGACUAAACUGAAUCAACCAGUUUGCAUUUUAAUGAAGAAAUGGGUUCAAGGGCCUUCCAGUGGAAUGUUUUCCAAACCCUCACAGGAAGUGCUUGAGUCUGGAACCUUAGAACUGUCACUUUCCGCCUCCCUACUUUGAAUGUCACAAUGAAUCCUAUCUGCUUAAAGUAAAUUAAAGGAUCUCCUUUUGUCCUAUUAGUACCAAUGCUGUGUUUCAUUGUUAUGAUGACUUCAAGACUAAUCUGAUACCAGAACUGUGGAGGUGGCUUUAAUUUGGUUCUGUGUAAAUAGCAUGUAUUUUAUUAUGUCACAUUUUAAAAUUGUUUACAUUAAAUUAUGGUAUUUAACUGUUUUUAUGUUUAUACUAGGUAAGGUUUUUCUUAUGUGUCUGUGGUUUUGGUAUGCUAAAUAAAGCUAUUUUUAAACCCAAGAGAUUC